CGGCGGGCAGCCCCCGCUGUCACCGAGCGUGCGGGCCGGGCGGCGCGGAGAGCGGGUGUCCCCCUCCCCGGCGCCGCGUCCGCAGGCAGCCGGCGGGACCGGGCCGCCGUAGCCAUGUUGAGGCGGAUUUUGCAGCGGACUCCAGGCAGAGUUGGGUCUCAGAGCUCAGAUUCGGAUUCCUCUGCAGCCCCAGGAAAUGCAGUGGAUGUGAACAAUGAAAGUACUUCAGAGGGCUUCAUCUGUCCACUAUGUAUGAAAAUGUGUGUAAGUGCCACUGGUCUGUCUGAACAUUACCAGAAUGAACACAUUGGGACAGAGACAAGAAGACAGGAGCAUCAUGACCUGCCCGCUGUUACUGGCUUUAUUUGUCCUAUGUGUAUGAAAUCUCAUGGAUCUGCUGAAGAACUUUUCAAGCACUAUGAAGUAGUUCACGGAUCUGGCAUCGAUUCAAGUCAUGGAGGAGACGAGCAUCCUUCACCGAAAAGCAAUGAAAUAUCACUACUCCGACAAGAAGUCCAAGAUUUGCAAGCUUCACUUAAGGAGGAGAGAUGGUAUUCAGAAGAGCUGAAGAAAGAAUUAGAAAAAGUGCAGCGCCAGCAAGAAUCUAAGCCUGAUGGAGUGACAACUGCUGCGUCUACAGAAUCAUUAGAACGGCAACUUGAAGAGACCCAAGUAGAAAAUUUUAAUAUUAAGCAGAUGAAAGACCUGUUUGAGCAAAAAGCCGCACAGCUGGCUACUGAGAUUGUAGAUAUUAAGGCAAAGUAUGAUGAGGAAAUGAGUCUUCGAGAAAGUGCAGAGCAGAAAGUGACAAACCUGAUGCAAGAACUACAGAAAGAGAGAGCCAUAAUAGAAGAUUUAAAGACUGAAUUGCUGCAAAGGCCUGGUGUGGAGGAUGUUUCUGUUUUAAAGAAGGAGCUGGUCCAAGUUCAGACAUUGAUGGACAAGAUGACUUUGGAGCGUGAGAGAGAAUCAGAGAAGCUGAAAGAUGAGUGCAAGCAUUUGCAGGCAGAGUAUGCAAACUCAGAGGCCACCAUAAAUCAGCUAAGGGCUGAGCUUGCAAAAGGCCCUCAGGAGGUUGCUGUGUAUGUGCAGGAACAACAAAAACUUCAAAGUUCAGUUAAUGAAUUAGCACAGAAAAACCAGAGUCUGACAGAAAAGCUGCUGAAGAAAGAACUUGAUUACACCCAGUUAGAAGAAAGGCACUAUGAAGAAUCAGUGAGUAAAAAAAAUAUGCAGGCAAGCCUUCACCAAAAGGACCUGGACCUGGAACAGCUUCGAGCAAGGCUGUCUGCCUCUGAAGCCUCAUUGCAGAGAGUACAGACAGAACUGGGUGAGAAGGGGGAAGCAAGCCACAAACUUAAGGAAGAAUUGUCAGAAAUAGAGACAAAGUAUCAGCAUCUCAAGGCAGAGUUUAAACAGCUACAACAGCAGAGAGAGGAAAAAGAACAACAUAGCCUACAACUGCAGAGUGAGCUUAAUCAGUUGCACAGUAAACUUCUGGAGACAGAACGCCAGCUAGGGGAAGCACAUGGUCGACUUAAAGAACAGAGACAACUCUCUAGUGAAAAACUGAUGGACAAGGAACAGCAGGUGGCUGAUCUGCAGUUAAAACUUUCUCGUGCUGAAGAGGAGCUAAAGGAAAAAGCAGCAAAUUGCACCGAAUUACAGCAUCAGUUAGAUAAAGCAAAACAGCAGCAUCAGGAGCAACAAACUCUUCAGCAAAGCACUACAGCAAAACUCCGAGAAGCCCAGAAUGAUUUGGAACAAGUACUGCGUCAGAUAGGAGAUAAGGACCAAAAAAUUCAAAACCUUGAGGCCUUGCUACAAAAGAGUAAAGAGAACAUCACCAUGUUAGAAAAAGAAAGAGAGGACUUGUAUGCGAAAAUUCAAGCAGGGGAAGGAGAAACUGCAGUUCUUAACCAGCUGCAAGAGAAAAAUCAUACUUUGCAAGAGCAGGUAACUCAGCUAACAGAAAAGCUGAAGAAUCAAUCGGAAAGCCAUAAACAAGCCCAAGAGAAUUUGCAUGAGCAGGUGCAAGAGCAGAAGGCACAUCUGAGAGCUGCUCAAGACCGUGUGCUCUCCCUAGAAACAAGCAUUGGUGAACUAAGUAGUCAGCUAAAUGAAAGCAAAGAGAAAGUAUCCCAGCUUGAUUUACAGAUAAAAGCAAAGACUGAAUUACUGCUUUCAGCAGAAGCAUCAAAAGCCGCUCAAAGAGCAGAUCUUCAGAAUCAUUUGGACACAGCCCAGAAUGCACUGCAAGAUAAACAACAGGAAUUAAAUAAGGUCAACACUCAGUUAGAUCAGGUUACAGCUACGCUGCACGACAAGCAAGAAUAUUGUACACAGCUGGAAGCCAAUCUUAAAGAGUAUAAAGAGAAACGUCUUUAUUUCGAACAGAAAACGGAGGAGCAAGAGGGACAGCUUAAGAAACUUGAAGCUGACAUUCUUGAGGUUAAAGCAAGCAAAGAACAAGCUCUUCAGGAGCUACAACAGCAACGGCAGCAGUGUACAGAACUAGGUCUCAGAACAACAGAACUGACUAAACAACUUGAAGCAGAAAGAGAAGUUGUAUCUAGUACUAAAUUGGAUUUGGAGAAGAAAUCUGAUGCCCUGGAACAAGCAAAACAGCAAAUAUCAAAGCAAGGGGAAGAAAAAGCAAGCCUUAAACGGGACCUUGAGAAAUUAAAUCAAGAGACAAAUAAACAACAUAAGGAACUAGAUGGCAAGAUUCAAGCAGCAACAUCAGAGCUGCAGAAAAUGAAGUUGGAGAAAGAAACUUUAUUGAAAGACCUUACAGUUACCAAAGACAAAUUAUCAAAAACCAUUGAAUCCUUGAAGGAUAUAAAAGAUGAAUUGGAAAAGGAGAAACAGAAAGGAAAAGCCGCUGUAGCAGAAAUGGAAAAAUCUUGCCAAGAAACUAAACACCAGCUUCAAGUACAGACAGAGUCUGUAGCUAAAGAACGGAAUGAGUUGAAAAACUCACUGGAAAAACAGGAAGGGAUUUCUAAGCAGCUGACAAUUGAGCUUGAUGCGGCACGAGGACAAAUACUGGAGAUUCAGGGUGUCCUAAAAGAGAAGGAAAAGAAUGAGCAGCAUCUCCAAGGAAAGCUGAAAGAACUGAAGGAAUCGUUUGAUCAGAAGAAAAGGCAAACUGAAACACAGCAAGCUGAAUUAAAAGGUGCCCUUUUAGAAAAGGCAGAACUAGAGAAUAAAUUACAGCAGCAGGUAACAUUAUCUGCACAGGAGCUUAAAUCAGAGAAAGGAAAACUAGUAGAGCUACAGAAGAUCCAUGAAAAAGAUCAGGAAAAUAUGAAAAAACUUCAGCUGGAUCUUUAUGGUAAAGAAUCUGAGCUGUUGGCAACAAGGCAAGACCUUAAGUCCACAGAGGAGAAACUUGCCCUGGCUCAGGAGGAAUUAGUUUCAAACAGAAAUCAAAUUGGUAACCUUAAUCAGUUGAUCCAAGAACUUAAGACUAUAAAGGCUACUCUGGAGCAGGAUGCAUCAAAGAAAGAACAGCAGCUGAAAGAACAGAACAAAAUGUUACAGGAAAUCCAGAAAGACAAGGUUUUGAAAGAAAAAGAUUUGGCUAAUGAAAAAUCUAAAACAACAGAUCUCCAGGAAAUAAAGAGUAAGCUGGAAAAAGACAGUACUAAAUUGAGUGAAGAGCUUAGGACCUGCAAGCAAGAAUUUGAGAAGGAGGUGACAAAUCUAAAGGAUGCGAAGCAGCUAUUGAUUCAACAGAAAUUAGAGCUGCAGGGCAAAGUAGAUAACAUGAAUUUAGCUCUUGAACAGGAGAAGAAGAAUCAGCAAAUUAUCAAAGAUCAGCUGAAAAAAAAAGAGGAAGAACUGAAGAAGGAAUGUGUUGAGAUUGAAACUAAACUGCGCACAGAGAUAAAAGAGAAAGAAGAAGAAAACAGAAAACGUGAGGAGGUGGAAGCCAAGCUCACCAUGCAGAUCACAGCUCUGAAUGAAAAUCUCGCUACAAUGAAGAAAGAGUGGCAGAGCAGUCAAAGGAGGGUCAGUGAGCUAGAGAAACAGACGGAUGAUUUGCGUGGGGAGAUUGCAGUUUUAGAAGCAACAGUACAAAAUAAUCAGGAUGAGAGGAGAGCAUUGCUGGAGAGGUGUAUUAAAAGUGAGGGAGAAAUUGAAAAGCUUCAAGCCAAACUCCUGGAACUGAAAAAAAAGCUGGACAAUACAACUGCAGCAAUGCAAGAGCUAGGCCGAGAAAACCAAUCGCUACAGAUCAAACACACACAAGCCCUAAACAGGAAAUGGGCAGAAGACAAUGAGGUACAGAACUGUAUGGCCUGUGGGAAAGGCUUCUCAGUGACAGUCAGAAGGCAUCACUGUAGACACUGUGGAAAUAUCUUUUGCGCUGAGUGCUCCGCAAAGAAUGCCUUAACUCCUUCUUCUAAGAAGCCUGUCCGUGUCUGUGAUACUUGUUUUAACGACUUACAAGGAUAACUGGUUAUCUCAAAUGGCACUUAAACAUUACGCUAGAAUUAGAAUUUCUGUUGAUGCACUUCGUACAGCACUCAGACUACUAUUCAGUUUGAACAAUGAUUGUAACACUUGCAGAAUUGAGUAUAUUUUAAAAUGUUUUAUCGAUACUAAGUAAAACUAUUGUAUUUUUUGUGAGACGGGCUCAGAUCAUCCUCAGCUUAUUGCCAUUUACCCAGGAAAGAGCUUUUAUGUCUACGUUAGGAACACCCAGUUAUUUGUAAAUAAAGUUUAAACAGAGAAGUAACAAUGUAUUUUUUUAAUCUUUAAUUUUUGUGUUCAGAAGAAACAUGUACGUGAUACUGCAGUUUUUGUUUCUUUCAAAACAGUAAGUUGCAAAAAUUUGCAAGGAUUUUGUGCAUCAAAUAUUGCUGUUUCAGUGGCAUAAUUACAUUUUAAUUGUUGCAUUUGAUUGCAUAACUAACAUUCUUUUAAAUCCCCUAGUAAUUUCUUUAGGAGUUUUUCUCCUCUCUUGCUCUUGAAUUUUUCUCUCUAAGGCUCCAACCCUGCAAUGGGGGCAAACAGCUGUAUCCACAUGGAACCCUGCUGACCUGCAUGGGGCUCUGUGUGGACACAGCAGUCUGGCCACAUAGAGCUUAUUGCAAUAUCAGUGCCUAAAUCAUUGCCCAGCUACAGCAUUUGGAUAUUGGAGUAUGUUUACACAUACUGUAACGUACUAGCAUUUUUACAGACAAGCUAGAAACAGGACUGCAAGUUUGGCUUCUGUUCUAGGAAUAAGCAACAAAGGGUCCUGUGGCACCUUUAAGACUAACAGAAGUAUCGGAGCAUAAGCUUUUGUGGGUGAAUGCCCACUUCAUCAGACGCAAGCUUAUGCUCCCCACGAAAGCUUAUGCUCCAACAAUACUUCUGUUAGUCUUAAAGGUGCCACAGGACCCUCUGUUGCUUUUUACAGAUUCAGAUUAACACGGCUAUCCCUCUGAUACUUGUUCUAGGAAUGUUGCAUAAAGCUCUCCCAUAUUGAUUUAUAGAUUUGUUGAAUAGAAUAUAACUUUCUAGAUUUUCCUAUCUGUGGACAUAUAAAAAAAUUAUCCUCCAUUCUAUUCUUUUUCUUUCCCUACUAACUAUAGAAGCCCUUAAAGGUCCUUGGUUGGUCUUUGAGGAACACCCAACUGUCCUAUGCUAGGUUUCCUACUAAUGACGUACAUUUGGAGACUCAAGCAUUUUAUAUGAUCUUCUUUUUGUCCCCCACAUUAACUGGAAGAAGUUGGGAUUACUCUCUCCCUAACUGACUUGGUCUUUCCACUGCUUCUCCUGAACCUGUGGUGCUGGCAUUUUUCUUAAUCCUGGGUCUUUCUUGGUACAAUAGUUUCAUGAUUUGGCUUGCUCAGAAUGGUGGUUGAACCUGCUGCUGUUUUAUUUAUAUACAAAACAGUCAGACUUAAUUAAGAGGUGAGGAUACGAUUUUAGACUUCGUUACUGUCAUAUUUUCUUCUCCCUACUUGUGCUGGAGGAGUUUUUAAAAGCGAUGCAUAUAUGUACCUCUCUUUGUUGUGUAGGCAGAAAAAGUAAAAUGUACAUACCUGUAAUUUUUCCUUCUCCGAAGUGGGCUCCUGCUGCUCUAUGAUCCAUUGCACCUGGAUUAUUCCUCAUCUUCCAGACCCAUUGCCUCUCUAGCUCCCCCGAUAACUGCCCAAGGUAAAAAGACUAACUAUAAGUUCUAAUGAAUAAAUAUUAUGAAAGAUUAGCCAUCUCCAUUCAUGCCAUCUUAUCGAAGGCAUGAAUUAACAACCUCAGAAAUGGUAGUGUAACCCUCAGUUUAUUGAGCUCUCCAGCCUCAUGGGUGUGAAGACCCUGCUGCUUCUACGGCAACAGCUUUUGCGUCUGCCCCAUUCUAUAUGACCUGCCCCUUGAAGAGAUAGGGAAUGUUUUUAAAACAAACAAACCCGCUAUCUGCACAUUUAUAGAGGCAGGUAUUAAGGGGGGAAAGAGUAAAGUUGGGCAUGAGCACUCAUGCUUGAAGUCCCUUACUCAUGCAGUAAUACUCUGUGAGCUUUAAAGCCUUUUUUUAAAAGUGGGAUUUACAGAUAUACAACAAAAUUAUGUACUCUCCUUCCUUAAUGCUUAGUGCAAGAUCACAGACCUGGCAGGCUGGUGGUCUGAGCAACUGGACACUCUCAGCAGUGUUGCUGGCAGGCCAGGCCAAUAUGGUACGCAUGAAGGGAAAGUGGAAGGAGAAAAAUUUAGUUGCACCUCUGCCUGUAGAUUCCAGCUGUCAUGGGUAAGAAAAACAAUUGGCUGGUGUAGUACAAAGGCAGGUGAGGUAAAACCCACUGACCUAAAGGAGGCCAGACAGGAAAGAGAAGGUCUAUUGGCAGUGGUAGGUUAGCAGAGAGAGGCCAUGCUGCAUAAACCACAUGUGAAGGAGCUGAAAGGGGGAAUAUAGUCAGUGCUCAGAACCCUCAGGCUGCUCUGAUAUAGUGGUGACUGGUAAUAAAUAUGGUGAAUCUGAGCCAUUGGAGUGGGGAUUUUUUGAAACUAGUUAACUGUAGGAGUCAGAACUGCCCUCAGGAAGAGGGGGCUGACAGAGGGGGGAAGGGCUGCAGGAUGCCAAGCACAAGAAGAACUGGCUAAGGCUUUUUCUGGAACAACCUUGCUGGUUUCCUGCAGACUCUUGUUGUCCAAAGAUCCUUCAUCUACUAGGAGGCACCAAGGAGAAA